AUGACAUAUCAAACUGGAAGAAAAUGUUCACUUGGAAUAGAAGAACCUAUUGAUAUUUCUUCCAAGAAUGUGCCACUUAAUGCAUUUUUAAUUUAUACCACAUCGAGAACUCUACCAGACCACAAUUCGACUGAUUCAUGGAAUGAAUACUAUGAUAGCUUGUCCAUGACAAAUAACACACAGGUAAUGACAGGUUGUACUGAUAAUGUGAAAUCAACCAACAAUGUUCCUCGUUGUGUAAGUGGGGUUGAAUCAAAAGUGGCUACUUCUGAAAUGGAAACUUUGCACAGAUGUCGGUUUUCAGUGUGUGAUUUGAAUAAUUUAGAAAAUUAUCUAUAUCAAUCAGAAAAGGAAUCCAACUCAGCAGUAAUAGAACAAAUAGAAGCACACAAUAGUACAGGUAUGAACACUUGUUGUAAUUCAAUAAUUGAUAUUAAUGCUCAAUGUAAUCAUAUGAAAAAUCAUAGAAGACGGAAAUCAAUUGCAUUGAAAUUUAAGAAACCACAGACCUUAUUAUGA